UUGGUUGCGCGGCGCUGUCUGAUGACGUAAUCGUGAAACCCCUCCAUGUUGCAGGGUAGUAGUCUGAGAUAAAACGACACACUGCUGGUUGCCGAGUAACUUUGUCCUGUGUGUUCCCCACGCCCGCCUUCAACAUGAAUAAAGAUGCUCAGAUGAGAGCUGCAAUUAAUCAGAAACUCAUUGAAACAGGGGAGAGAGAACGACUCAAAGAGCUGCUGAGAGCAAGAUUAAUAGAGUGUGGCUGGAGAGAUCAACUAAAAGCACACUGCAAAGAUGUUAUCACUGAAAAAGGCCUUGAACAUGUAACUGUUGAUGAUUUGGUUGCAGAAAUCACACCUAAAGGCAGAGCUCUUGUGCCUGAUAGUGUGAAGAAAGAACUGCUGCAAAAAAUCCGUACUUUCCUUGCUCAACACGCCAGUCUUUAAUUGAAAUAUUAUCCCUUUUUAUGUAAAAUAAUGUAAACAUUUUUUUUUCUGUUUGUUCACUUUUGCAUCUGUAAGAUUUUUUUUUUUACACCAUUUUAUAGCAUGUUUUAAUAAAACUGUGCCAUAUUAAUUGUCGUUGCUGUAAUUUUAACUCCUAAUGAUAAUUUGUAGCUUGUCCUUCAUUUCUGAAUUUUAGACCUAAAAACCUAAGCAUCACAGGAGAUGUAGGUCACAAACUUCCAGAGUGCCACAUUUGACUAUAUGAUACAAAUAGAUUGGUAACAUUUUGACUCACUAGAGUUCUUUGUCAAACACUGAUUAAUAUUCCAAGCGUGCCAACGUACCAUAACAAAGAACACAGGUAAAGGAGAACAAGUCAAUUCGCUUUCCCUUGUCCCAUGUAUGUUUUUGCUUGCUAGUGCAAUUGCAGAGAGAUUGUAUAUUCAUCUGGAUAUCAGACUAAUCCCACCCAUAAGGGCAGUCCAGAACUGAUAUCCCAGGCAGAUCACCAGAGAUACAGCAAUGAUUGUUUCAGCUUUUUUAGUGAAAUAUGGCUGAUACCCCCCUUGGCUCAGUGAGCAAAGAGGCAGUGUUU